AUGGCGGCCAAGUACGGCCUAAUGCUACAUCAGAUGGACGUCAAGACAACGUUUCUUAACGGCUCCCUCGACGAAGACACCUACAUGGACCAGCCGGCAGGAUACCUGGAUGAAAAACAGCCGGACUAUGUGUGCAAGCUAAAGAGAUCGCUCUACGGCUUGAAGCAAUCGCCACGCAUGUGGAACCAAACUAUCGAUGGGUUCAUGAUCACGAUGGGAUUCAACAAGUGCGAAUUGGAACACUUCAUCUACAUCAAGCGAGACGACCAAGACAUGAUUCUCGUGGUGCUCUACGUCGAUGAUCUCAUCCUGUCCAGCAGCAACAACGACAUACUCAAGUCGACCAAGAUGGCGCUGAGCACACGCUUCGAAAUGACGGGUCUCGGUGAGCUCAGUUACUUUCUCGGCAUGGAGAUCAAGAACGACCGUAAGACUGGAAUGGUGACUGUGCGACAAACCAAGUUUAUCAAGUCCGUGUUGACCAAGUUCGGAAUUGAUAACAGCAAGCCAGUGAAGACGCCUCAAGAUCCCGGUCUGAAGCUCACCAAGGACAUGUGUGACCAAGAAUGCAACCACGAAGACACCAUGUGCGACGUGCCAUAUCAAAGUGCUGUCGGAGGCAUCAUGUAUCUCAUGGUCGCCACACGUCCGGAUCUAGCUGCUGCGGUGGGAACAUUAUCCCAAUUCUCGUCCGACCCAUGCCCGACUCACUGGCAAGCUUUGAAGCGUGUGCUGAGAUACCUGCAAGCAGCGCCCAAUCACGGUCUUGAGUUCACACGUGAAGAAGGAAGCCGUAUCUGCGGGUACACCGACGCAGACUGGGCCGGCGACAUUGAGUCAAGAUGA